GGGCCCUCAGUCGGAACUCGGAAAUCCCGCGGUGCUCCAAGGUACUCGCGGGACUCCCGGGUGCCAGCCGGUGAGCGUACCUAGGGACCGCGAAAAAGCGUAACCCAAUAGGAAGUGGUUUCGGACGUGGGCUAAGCCUCUGUCGCCGUCAGUGCUGUCCCGAGAGGCUCAGGAUCUGCCCACAGGUCCUGCUCCUCACAUUAAAUGAAGGAAUGAGGGAGAAAGAGGAGGUUCAUGGACUUAGAUAUCAUUUCUGGGGAUAACUUUAACUGGACACCAAGAUUUCUGACUCUAAGAACUUCACGGCAGAUGCAGAAGAGACAAAAGGCAUAGAAUCCAUGUUACUAUUUACUGAGCACAGAGGAAAAUAAUGGCUGCCCAGAAAUUGCUAACGUUGGAGGAUGUGACUGUGGAGUUCAGUUGGGAGGAGUGGCAGCUCCUGGCUCCUGCUCAGAAAGACCUGUAUCAGGAUGUGAUGUUGGAGAACUAUAACAGUCUGGUAUCACUGGGGUAUCAAGCUACCAAACCAGAAUUGUUCUCCAAGUUGGAAUAUGGAGAAGAACCACGAAUAAUAAAGAGUGAAAUCCAGAAGAGAACCUGUCCAGGAAUUGGGAAAGUUGACAGUCAUCUGCAAGAUUAUUCUCAAAACCAAAGAUUUCUGAAGAGCAUGCAACAAUACAGUGCCUGGAAUGCAUUUAGAAAUACUGUUCAUCUGAGCAAAACAAAAUUUGCCCUAAUGCAAAAUCAUAUGUUGGACUUAUAUAGGGAAGCUUUGAAAUCAAGUUUAAGUUUAGUUAACCAGGAGAGAAGAUAUGAAGUAAGAAACUCCACUGAGUUUAAUGGAGAUGAGAAAUCCUUUGUAGAUGGUAAUCAUAAACAACUGUACACUGGACCCGAAUUCCCUGAAAGUGCAAAACACAUCAGCACUAAAUUCCAACCCUUGAAGCAUCAGAGGACUCACAAAACAGAGAAACCACAAGCAUGCAUCGAAGGUGAGAAAACCUGCAUCAGGACAUCUCAGUUCCUUUACCAUGAGAGCAUUCAUACCGGAGAGAAACCACAUGGGUGUGAUCCGCGGGGGAAAUCCUUCUCCAAAAAUGGCAUGCUCACUAAAUAUCAGAAAACUCAAACACUAGACAAACUCUGUAUAACCAAUGAAGACAGAAAAUGUUCUACUGUGAAGAGCUGUCUCACCAUACAUCAGCAAACCCAUACAGGAGAGAAAUCUUAUAUAUGCAGUGAAUGUGGGAAAGGCUUCACCAUGAAGCGCUAUUUGAUUGCACACCAGCGAACUCAUAGUGGUGAGAAACCUUAUGUAUGCAAUGACUGUGGGAAAGGCUUUACUGUGAAGAGCAAUCUCAUUGUGCAUCAGCGAACUCAUACAGGAGAGAAACCAUAUAUAUGCAGUGAGUGUGGGAAAGGCUUUACUAUGAAGCGCUAUCUUGUUGUACAUCAGCGAACUCACACUGGAGAGAAACCCUAUAUGUGUGAUAAGUGUGGAAAAGAAUUCACUGUGAAGAGUAAUCUCAUUGUUCAUCAGCGAUCUCAUACAGGGGAAAAAUCUUAUAUAUGCACUGAGUGUGGAAAAGGCUUCACUGUGAAGCGCACGCUCAUUAUACAUCAGCGAACUCAUACAGGAGAGAAAUCAUACAUUUGUGAUGAAUGUGGAAAACGCUUCACCACAAAGCGCACUCUCAUUAUACAUCAGCGAACUCACACAGGAGAGAAACCCUAUGAAUGCAAUGACUGUGGUAAGGCCUUCAGUCAGAAGAUAUGCCUCAUACAACAUGAGAGAUGUCAUACAGGAAAAACACCCUUUGUAUGUACCGAGUGUGGAAAACUCUAUUCUCACAAAUAUGGUCUCAUUACCCACCAGAGAAUUCACACAGGAGAGAAACCCUAUAAGUGCAAGGAAUGUGGGAAAGCUUUCACCACAAAGUCAGUACUCAAUGUCCACCAAAGAACUCAUACAGGAGAGAGGCCCUAUGGAUGCAGUGAGUGUGAGAAAGCCUUCUCCCACUUGUCAAACCUUGUUAAACAUAAGAAAAUGCACACAAGAUAAAUGAGUAGGUUCAGUCAAGUUGGAAAUUCCUUUAACGGAGAAUCACAGCUCAUUACUUAUGACUGAACUCAUGCAGAACAAAAACCCUCCUAAGUCAGUGACUGGAAAUGCCUUCUGUGGCAACCAAGACUUCAUUAAAGUCAGUGUUUGUAGCAGAUUGGCAUGCAAUCAGGGUAUUGCCUAUUAUCAGUUGUGUGCCCUGAGGAGAUUAAGGAUUUUGCCCAGGAGAUAAAACUGGUGAAUUAAAACAGUGACUGUUGUAGUGCCUUUAGUGAUCCUUACCUCAUAUUUUCUUUCAAUGAAAACAUGUUGGAAAAACUGAUACAUUCAAUGUGGAGAGGCCUUUCUUGCUUCAUCAUAUGUGUGAACAAAACUUGCAAGCUUCAUUAAAUGUCUGAAAGUGUAUAUGGAGACAAAUUCUGUGAAUGCAGAGACUAAGAAAGCCUUCAGUGGGAAGACAGACUUUAUUAGGGAUCAUCUCAGAUCAUCAGUGAGGUCAUUGUUCAUAAAAAAGUGAAAAACAAAAAGAAAAAUUAUGUGGGAAAGCCUUUACUCAGAAAGAAGACCUCAGUGAGAGUCAGAGUUCACACUGGAGAAAAACUUUAAGAGGAAAUAUUGCAGAAUUUCAUGGAUACAUUCUGCCCCAUUUGUCAGGAAAUCAUAUAGAAAUUAAAAUUUUAUGAACAUGCUAAAUUUAGAGCACCUUUGGUCAAAUUUCAGAGGACUCACGGGGGAAUGAAGUCCUGUGAAAGUGAUAAAUGUGUGAGUGCUUUUUGUUGUAAGUCUAACUUCAUAAUACAUCAGAUAAUUCACCUGAUGUGCAUUUUCAGGUGAUACUUGGAACCUCCUUUCUAGGUACUUUGUCAGUAAUACCCUACUUUAAAAAGUAGUAUGCUUUUCUCAUCCCUGAUUAAUUUUUGUUGUUACAUACAAUACAGGAGUAUUCUAUGGCCACCCAUAUUCUACGAUUAACUCUUACCUUUCUUUGGCUGUAAACUGAAUUGUAAAUUUAUCAUACUGAGGUAGUUUAAAAGGAAACUAAAUAUUUUAAAUUUAUAAAUAUAACACAUAUUUGUACUUAAGUUUACAAAUAUGACCAAAUAUUUUACAAAAUCACCUUCAAAGUUAUUUUUAUAAUGUUUAAUUUGAAUUUAUUUUAACUUAAAAGAAAUUGCAAAGUAGUUCUGAGACUUCCCUAGUAUCUAUACCCAACUUCCCCCAGUAAAAAUAUAACCAUAUUAUAUUGAAUCCAGAAAAAUGACAUUGCUGGUAUGCUGUUAAUGAAACUCUUAACCUUAUUUGGAUUUCAUUAGACUUUACUUUUUUGUUGUUGUUAUUCUAAGAAGCUUUAUUACCUAUAUACCCCUUGUGGUCAUGUGACCACACCCAUAAUGGAAAAUUGUUUAAUCAACUCAGAUUUCCUUAUGAUACCUUUUUAGGCUCAUACCUUCUAUCCAAACCUACCUCUGGCAACCACUUACUUGUUUUCCAACAGUAUAAUUUUGUCAUUUCCUGAAUGUUAUAAAAGUCAUUUUUAUAACAAGAUUUUAUACAUUUUAUAUAAAUAAGUUUUAUUUAUUUAUACAAAUUUAUAAUUUUAUUAAUAUGGGCCAUGUAAGCUCUUCAUGUUUUUGUCACUCGGCAAAUUGCUUUUAAGACUUGAGUUGAAUAGUUGUUUUAUUAGUGAUUAGUGUACAUGUUUGUACCAAUUCAUUUCACUAUUCACUCUUGAAAGAGAUUUGUAUUGUUUCCUGGUUUCAACUUUUAUUAAAAAAAUGUUAUGAAAUCUGCAACAGGGUUUUGUGUGAACAUAACUUUUCAUUCCUCUAUAAUAAAUAUUCAGGUGAUUGUUGGGACAUAUGGUAAGUUGUGUUCAGCUUUAUAAGAAACUACCAAACUGUCUUGCAGAGUGGCUGUACUAUUUUACAUUCUCACCAGCAGUGUGUGACAUCUGGUUGUUCCAUAUCCUCUCAGCACUUGGUAUUUUUAGUAUAUUUUACUUUAGCCAUUCUACUAGCAACAUGAGAGAUUCAGUUGCUCUUCAUCCUCACCAGCACUUGGUAUUGUCAUUAUAUUUUAUAUUAUCCAUUCUAGUAGGUAUGUAGUAAUAUCUGAUCUUGAGUUUAACUUGCAUUUCCCUAAUAGCUAACGAUGUUCCACACUUUGUUGUUAUUAUUUUUGGAUUUAUUUAUCUUAUAAGUAGUUUGUACCUUUUGACCACUUUCACCCAUU